UUUACUUUCACUUUCACUCUCUAUAGCGAGCUCAAGCGCUUCUGGUUUGCUUCCUCGGAAAUAAUUUCUAAUUUUAUUUUUGUUUCUGUCGCGCUUUUAAAGCAAGUCGACAGGCGAUAUUUAAUUGAAAGAAGUUUAAAACAUUUCCCUGAACACCAUGACUUCCUUAGACAUGAGCCCUGCGUCGAAAAAAGAGGUUGAUGGGUUUACCAAGAAACUCACCAGAGAGGCAGAGCAACUCAUCUCAACUUUCUUCCCUCAGAAGAUUGCAGAAAUGGACAACCUGCUCCAGGUCUCACUGGUUCUGGAAGACCUUUCUACUCUCAGAGCUCCGCUGGACAUCCCGAUCCCAGACCCUGCCAAAGAGGAGCUUAAGAGAAAGAAGAAAGAAGAGAAGAAAGCAAAGGAGGGAAAGAAAUCUGAAGACAAAGAGGAAGAAGAAGCUGGACCUCCCUGUGGCCCCAUAGCCAGUAACGAGAAAGUGGACAAUCUCAUUAAAGCCAUAAAACCCCACAUUCAGACGCUGAAGGAAAACCUUAAUACAGUGUCCAUGUGGGUACAACUACAGAUCCCCAGGAUCGAGGAUGGGAACAACUUUGGCGUUGCCGUGCAGGAAAAGGUAUUCGAGCUGCUGACCAACACCCGCACCAAGAUCGAAGGAUUCCAGACACAGAUCACAAAGUAUUACAGCGAGAGAGGAGAUGCUGUGGCCAAGGCUUCCAAAACGCCACAUGUGGGUGAUUACAGACAACUGGUUCACGAGUUGGAUCUGCACCAGUACUGUGAGCUGCGCAUCGUGGUUCUGGAGAUCCGCAAUACAUACGCCAUCCUUUUCGAUGUCAUCAGCAAGAACUACGACAAGAUCAAGAAGCCCAGAGGAGACUGUAAAGCGCUUAUCUACUGAGCGACUCGCACCAUCAUCACUCAGAAAGAGAAACAUUGCAGAUUAGAUUUCAUUUUUGUGAUGCUUUCUCGGGUUCAAGCACAAAGCAGAGACUGAUCCCGAAUUCCCUUUGGUCAUCUUUACAUAAUAAAGCAGUGACAUUGUGUAAAUUCGUUUAAAGCCUCAUCUUUUUUAUAUAUUAUUAUAAUCACAGAAACACAAAAACUGUCAUGUUAUUUAGACGUUGUUAUAUGUUUUCAGCUGACAGAUGUCAUGUGUUUAUUGAAUUGAUCUCCAGAUUGAGAUGUUUAUUGCAAUUUUGUUCUCAAAGGAAUCUGCCAAUUAAAGGAAUUGGAGAAAAUAA